AUGGCAACUGACAGCUUGGAAUCAACCAAGUUGACGUACGAACAGGAGUCAUACUUCAAACAACAGUUGCUAAAGUACUCGGUGUUGGAGGAAAUGAAGGUGUACUUUAGCGAUGCAGACUUUCUCAACGAGACAUUGUUCCUGCGAUUCCUGUUUGACCAGCUGACGACCAUUCCUCUGCUGGCCAACAAGGAGUCGGCCAAACAGCGUUUCCGGCAGCUGAUUCAUACACUGCCACAGAUCGUCAUCCAGUCGCAGCUGGCCUCCAAGGCCGAGACCACGGACCAGUUCCGCAAGUUUGUCGUCAAGGUGUUUGACGUGGCCUUGCGUACGCCCCAAGAGAAGCUGCACGACAAGACGCUCAAGAUCUUCAUAGACCCAUCGAUUGAACAGGACAGGAAGGACCGCGCAAAGAACAGGCGUCGUGGCAAGAUGAACAAUCAGGACACACUUGACGACAUUGAGGACGAUAAGGUGAUGGAGGAUAGACAGAAGAAUCAAAAGGACAUUGAGCGCGAUGAAUCAAUCACCAAGCUGCAGAAGAAGCUCACUGAGCUGACACAGAUCAUCAUUAUGAACGUCGAGAAGAAGAAUCAGGAGGCCAUGGGCAAGGAGGCUCACAACGGAAUCUCAUCGCUGUUCAACUUGAUCCUCAAGACCAAGCACUUCAAGGAUCUGCCGGGCGAGUUCUCGGAGUUCACCGACACUGUGAUCAAGAUCAUGGCUCUGUGGAUGGAGAGGGAGAUGCGCGAUCAAAAGCAGGUUCAAAAGGCCAAGCGUCUGUACAUGAUCACACCAGUCAAGGCCAUCAGGGCGUCACUGGCAAUCGCCAACCCAAUCACCUUGUUGAAGGGAUUCAUUCUCCUGUUCUUGGCCAAGCCGUUUGGCGCCAGGAAUCUCAUUCAGACUAUUGCCUCUGUCAUGGUGGAGAGUGGCAAGACCGAUCGCACACUGAGGAAGGCGCAAAAGACUGCCGAGACUGCGCUACAGACGCUGCCCAACAAGAACACACGCAAGCUCCUGCUGCAAAAGAUGAAGGGCUUCGUCUCCAACAUGCACCAGAUAUCGACGUAUGAUGGCGUACAGAUCGCCUACUUCAAGGAGAUCCCCGACGCCCUGUCCAUCAUGCAAUACCAGUGGCCCUCGAGUCCGCCCAUCGACUCGGACAUCAUUGCAUCGCUCGAGGAGGACCACUUCAAGACACUGUUUGAGUACGUCAAGAUGGAGAGGAGAAAGAAGGAGAAGAACGACUUUAUCGAGAUAUUGGGCAACGACGAGAUGAUCGACAUCAUCAGAGAGUUGCUGCCCGUCCUGUACGAGCCGCUAGGCAAGCUCUUCUGCAAGGCCAACAUUGGCUAUCACUUUGAGAAGCUGGCCCAUGUGCUCAAGAAGAUCAUCACUGUCGCCGAGACUGGCGAGCUACACGAGGACGACGAUCAAGACCUCGAGUUGAAAUCUACCGACUCGAGCACAGACGACGAGUUUGACGAUCCUCCUCAAUCAAGGUCGGCUGGUAACACUCCACCAAUAGUAUCUGCCAACUCUACAGACAACAACAAUAGUAUCAAGAAGAGCAAUAGCAGCAGCAGCGGUGGAUUGAUGAAGUCACUCAGCUGGUUCAGACCAUCCAACUUGUUUGGAUCGGCCAAGUCGCAGCCUACCACUCCCGUGCAGCAUCAUUCAACACCAACAACGCCCAACACGCCAAGUGGCGAGCCACUCGAGUUGGAGGCCGACGACUUGAAGAAGAAGUUCAGGAAGGACAAGAAGGCAGCGAUCUCGAUGCAAGAGCGACUGGCGCUGUUUGAGGACGUCAACUUCCUGCUCAUGGAGAAGAUCUACGACAUGGUGCACGACCUGGUACUAUCCGACGCCAAGAUGAACAUUUUGAACGACGGCUCCAUCCAGACGGGCAUGCUGUCGCAAUCUGUCAGCUGGCUGUUGGGUCUGCUGCAGUUCCUCAAGGACGAGGAGGUGGAUGUCACCAGUCAGAUCUUUGACCCCCUGUCGCCGUCGAUGAAGGAGAAGGUGAUCGAUGAGCUCAACCUGAUCGUUGAGUAUCGCAAGUGGAGACUGGAUCAUUGUGACUAUGACAAGGAGGAGAAGGAGAAGAAGGAGCAGGAGGAGAAGGACAAGGAACAGGACAAGGACAAGGACAAGGACAAAGAUUCAAAGAAGAAGAAGAAGCAGCAAAAGGAGAAGGAUGACAAGAAGACAAAGACUACCACAACAACCACUACCACGACUACGACUACAUCUACGACGACGACGACCAAGACAGCAGACAAAGAAGGAGAGAAUGGCGGUGAGAAAGAGAACGAAGAGAAGGAGGAGGUAGAGGAGGAACCAGGACCUCCAAAGCCCAAACCAGAGUACAUACCACAGCUCAUAGGACCAUUCGUCGAGUUGAUCAAGUCGAGGUUCCAGAGACUGGGCGACCCAAGCAAAUACUCACUGACCAAUCUCUCAAAGAUCAUUGUCAACCCCGAGGACAUACCCGAUGUCGUAGAGAGUAAACUGAACUCUGCAACAUCUCCAACACCAUCAUCAUUGUCAGACGACCACAACAACAACAACAACAAUACGACACACAGUUGUCCGGCAACACCAAUAUCUACGACAACCACUACUAGUAGUAGUCAAUAG